GUUGCAGCCCCUGACAGGGCGGCCCGUUACCAAGCACUGCACCGCGCAGGGUCUGACAACGACGACGGCAACGGGCAUUGACAUAAGGACUACUGCCAGCGUGAUAACAACACAGACACUCCUGAAUACAGUUCAGGAUGGCAGUGAACGUGUACUCAACAUCUGUGUCCAUUGACAACCUCAGUCGACAUGACAUGCUGGCAUGGGUCAACGAUUCUCUGCACCUCACCUACACUAAGAUUGAACAGCUCUGUUCAGGAGCGACGUAUUGCCAGUUCAUGGACAUGUUGUUUCCAGGUUGUAUCCUUCUGAAGAAGGUCAAAUUUCAAGCCAAGCUGGAGCAUGAAUCUAUACACAACUUCAAAGUUCUUCAGGCAGCUUUUAAAAGGAUGAGUGUUGACAAAAUAAUUCCGGUAGAAAAGCUUGUAAAAGGGAAGUUCCAGGACAACUUUGAAUUCGUGCAGUGGUUCAAGAAGUUCUUCGACGCCAACUACGACGGGAAGGAGUACGACCCUUUGAUAUCCAGACAGGGGCAGGACGUGUCCCCCGCCCCCAACCCAGGUGAUCACUUUAUCCACAAACCAAAGAGAAACACAGGACCACAGAGGACAUCUCCAACAGUUCCCAAAAACAUACCAACACCACAGCGGGUCCAACACAACACUCCAGCCAUGAGGAAGAAUCCAUCUUUGUCUAGAAACGGGGGCAGUGAUGCUGAGAUCAUGGAGCUAAAUCAACAGUUGAUGGAGUUGAAGUUGACUGUGGACGGACUAGAGAAGGAGCGAGACUUCUACUUCAGCAAACUACGGGACAUCGAGCUGAUCUGCCAGGAACACGAGAGCGAAAACAACACCGUCCUCAGCAGUAUAAUCAACAUUCUCUACGCAACAGAGGAUGGCUUUGCACCUCCGGAGGAUGAAGACCUUGAUGAACAAGCUCACCUGGACCAGGAUGAAUACUGAGCCCUUCAUCCCCCCCAACAUCUCCAUCAUCCCUUUCCUUUUCUUUUUGGCCUGGACCAGGAUGAAUACUGAGCCCUUCAUCCCCCCCAACAUCUCCAUCAUCCCUUUCCUUUUCUUUUUGCCCUCAUUUGGUUUCUACUCUGUCUGCACGCUCUCUAUAAAUACUCACCAUUAUCCCUGCUCUCCCUCAGUCUUUUCUUUUCUUUCUCAUAUGUAUAUCUGUUCGUAACCUCCCCCUCCCAUCCGCCCUCUGACCGUCUACACAUUGUACACAACUACUCUGCACCAUCAUCUGCUCCUCCUCCCUGCCUCCACUUACAACAGUAACAAUAACAGUAAUGUGCGACAUAUCCCAGUUAUUUCAGCAUGAGUAACGGAGAGAGAAAGAAAUGUGCCAAGCCUGGCGCGGAGGUUGUUAUGGCAGUGAGUUUUAAGUCUGUAAAUAUUGCCGACAUUGUGAUAUUCUGAGAGAACAAUGUCUUCGCUUGUUAUGGAGUUAUUUAUUUGAUUAACUUGGCGCGCUGUGAUACUUCUAUUAGAGCACAACGCUGCUCCAAUGUGCCAUCUGGACACUCCCAGAGCUACUAAAACUGUAACAAAGGUGACCUUUUAAUAACAAUUUCUUAUUUAUUUAACUUAUAUUUCAUUUAGAUUAACUACCUGUAGCAAAAUUGGUGCAAAACCUACUGUACGUGAAUUGAAAGCUGAGGCCAUGUGUGUUGUUUCAGUUAUGGUUUGUGCUUGAGUCAGCAUCAAGCUUUUAUUUUCUGUUAUGGUGGGUUCAUGGCAUGUAGAAACGCUGAAGGAAAUUCUCUGGUGUAUUGACUCAAGGCGUACGAUCAGUGCUCUGUGAUUAUUCAUUAGUCAUCAGCAACAUAUCUGAGCAUGAGAAUGUGAACGAGUGAUAUUUUGUAUCUGUACUUGGUGUGGGGACUUUGUCUGAUGUCGCACGAUCCUGGUUCAAUGCCGUUGUAUCUUUUAGGCCGACGUGCAGAAGUUUGAAAUUUAGAGGUGGAAAGCCACCUGCAGACUGACAACAUGGUUUUAGAUUGUAGCAGUUAUAAUGUUUUAUUCUAAAAUAUAAAGGGAGCCUGACACUGAAUUAAUACGGAUACAUUUUUCACACGACAAGCUUGCUAUAUUUUUCCUGCUAACCAUACUGUGUUUAGACUUUUAAUUUGCUGUUAAGGGUUGCCCAGGGUAUAUGAGCUGUAGUUUGAAAGAAAGUCAGUAUUAAGAAAUCACAAGCAGCCAGUUAAAAUAAGGAAGUCUCCUUGGUCUUCCUCCCUGUUUUUUUUUACUUGCAAACUGGCUGAAGUCUGCUCUGGAACUUGCAUUCAUCGACCAUGUAAACAUCUACUGAACACUCAUCUUUUGAGUUUUGAAUAAAUAAACGGUUGUGAAAUGAA